CACGUCUCACUGGACAAUAACUCAUCGACUGGAAUUCAAACUGUGUGGACCAGAACCAGAACCGGGCUGAUCUGACACUUCUGCACUGAAGUCCUUCCUGCCCUGAAGGUUCCUCGGGUCUCAGCUGUGCCUCGGUCCAAGCUGAGCGGUUCUGGGUGUUCUGGGUCUGUCUCCAGCCAUGAGUCAGCAGGGAGAACAAGACGAGACGACAGAGGCAGACAGAGCAGCAGAAGAGGAAGAGGUAGAAGAAGAGGAGAGGAAACGAGUGAAUAGGAGAAGAAGAAGAAGACGAGAGGAGAAGCAAAGCAUCAUGGACGCUCUGAAGAAGGGAAUCUCAAUGGCGAAGGGUGGAGUGGUGGCCGCCGCCGAGAAGACGAAGGCCGGAGUGGAGGAGGCCGCCGCCAAGACCAAGGAGGGGGUCAUCUAUGUCGGAAACAAGACGAUGGAGGGCGUCGUGACCAGCGUCAACACAGUCGCCCAGAAGACGAACGAGCAGGCCAACGUCGCCGCUGACACAGCGGUCGCCGGGGCCAACGAGGUCGCCCAGGUGGCGGUGGAGGGGGUGGAGAGCGCGGCGGUGGCGAGCGGAUUGGUCAAAGCGGAGGAGGCGGGACCAGUGUCUGAGGAGGCCGACCUCCCAAAGACAGAAGCAGGAGGAGGACAGACUGAGCAGGCAGCUCAGUAGUGUCUGCAGUCACUUCCUCUCUCUUCCUGUCCAAUGAGCAGCGAGAGAAGAGGAACAUUUAUACGCCGGCUGUUGCUCGACCCUUUGACCUCUGACCUCUGUGCACUUUAACCUCAUUAACCAAUAGAAACCCUCCCCUCCUGUCACCAUGGUAACACUGCCUCACCGUACACACUGAUGUCAGGUUUUUAAACUCAGAGAUGAUUUUAGUCAGGCCGUAUGUCGUCCACUGUACUCUCAGCUGAUUGGCUGGGUGUUCACAUAUGGUGCCACAAGUGUCCUAUAAGCCCCGCCCUCCUGUCAAUCACCAGAUUGACUCCGCCCCCCAACAGACAAACACCUGAAGCCUUUUAACUGCAUGUUGCUUUACUGACACAACACACAUUCACUAACAACACACACACACACACACACACACACACACACCUGCAGGCUGUGUGUGAUGUUACCUGAGCUUCAGCUGAUUUCUUCUUUUACAAAAGUUCAAUAAAAUGAGUGUAAACCAG